GGUUGUGGAGACCGCCGUGACGCGGGGUGGUGACUGGCUCCUGUGUCUGAGGGGCUCCUGCUUGUCAGGUUCUAGAUAUGUGCUGAUUAGAAGGCUCGCUUGUGCAGUGUGGACGAUAAGACAGUGCCUUACAAAAAUGGGGUUUGGGAGUGACCUGAAGAAUUCACAUGAAGCUGUGUUAAAAUUGCAAGAUUGGGAAUUACGUUUACUGGAAACAGUGAAGAAAUUUAUGGCCCUGAGAAUAAAAAGUGAUAAAGAAUAUGCGUCUACUUUACAGAACCUUUGUAAUCAAGUCGAUAAGGAAAGUACCAUCCAAAUGAAUUAUGCCAGCAAUGUAUCCAAGUCUUGGCUACUUAUGAUUCAGCAGACUGAACAACUUAGUAGGAUAAUGAAGACACAUGCAGAGGACCUAAAUUCUGGACCCUUACACCGGCUCACCAUGAUGAUCAAAGACAAGCAACAGGUGAAGAAAAGUUUUAUAGGUGUUCAUCAGCAGAUAGAGGCAGAGAUGAUCAAGGUUACAAAGACAGAACUAGAGAAAUUAAAAUCCAGCUAUAGACAAUUAAUAAAAGAAAUGAAUUCUGCCAAAGAGAAAUAUAAGGAAGCGUUAGCUAAAGGGAAAGAAACUGAAAAAGCUAAGGAACGUUAUGACAAAGCCACAAUGAAACUUCAUAUGUUGCAUAAUCAGUAUGUAUUGGCAUUGAAAGGGGCACAGCUUCACCAGAAUCAGUAUUAUGACACUACACUUCCUCUGCUUCUGGAUUCCUUACAAAGGAUGCAAGAAGAAAUGAUAAAAGCACUAAAAGGUAUAUUUGAUGAAUAUAGCCAGAUAACCAGUCUUGUUACAGAAGAAAUAGUGAAUGUCCAUAAAGAGAUUCAAAUGUCAGUUGAACAGAUAGACCCUAGCACAGAAUAUAAUAAUUUCAUAGAUGUUCAUAGAACAACAGCUGCUAAAGAGCAAGAAAUUGAAUUUGAUACUUCCUUACUAGAAGAAAAUGAAAAUCUUCAGGCAAAUGAGAUUAUGUGGAAUAAUUUAACAGCAGAAAGUUUGCAAGUAAUGUUGAAAACUUUAACAGAGGAACUUAUGCAGACACAGCAGAUGCUUUUAAACAAGGAAGAGGUUGCCCUGGAGCUAGAGAAGAGUAUUGAAGAAUCUUCUAAGACAUAUGAAAAGAAGUCUGAUGUUGUGCUUUUGUUAAGCCAAAAACAGACACUUGAAGAGCUGAAACAGUCAGUGCAGCAGCUGAGAUGCACUGAGGCAAAGUUUACAGCACAAAAAGAAAUACUAGAGCAGAAAGUACAAGAAAAUGAUGGGAAAGAGCCACCUCCUGUAGUCAAUUAUGAAGAAGAUGCAAGAUCAGUUACUUCUAUGGAAAGAAAGGAAAGGCUGUCCAAAUUUGAAUCUAUUCGUCAUUCAAUUGCUGGAAUAAUUAGGUCUCCAAAAUCUGCACUGGGUUCUUCAACAUACUAUGAUACAGUCCCCAUAAGUGAGAAGCCCCUGGCAGAACAGGACUGGUACCAUGGUGCAAUUCCCAGAAUAGAAGCGCAAGAUCUGUUAAAACAACAAGGAGACUUCUUGGUGCGAGAGAGUCAUGGGAAACCUGGUGAAUAUGUCCUUUCUGUAUAUUCUGAUGGACAGAGGAGACACUUUAUCAUACAAUUUGUUGAUAAUAUGUACCGAUUUGAAGGCACUGGGUUCUCAAACAUCCCUCAACUUAUAGAUCAUCACUACACAACAAAGCAGGUCAUCACUAAGAAAUCAGGCGUGGUUCUGCUGAAUCCUAUUCCUAAGGAUAAGAAAUGGAUUCUCAAUCAUGAAGAUGUCACAUUGGGAGAAUUACUGGGCAAGGGAAAUUUUGGUGAAGUAUAUAAAGGCAUAUUAAAGGAUAAAACUGCUGUUGCUGUUAAAACAUGUAAAGAAGAUCUUCCUCAAGAGCUGAAAAUAAAAUUUUUACAAGAAGCCAAGAUUCUCAAGCAAUAUGAUCAUCCCAAUAUUGUCAAACUUAUAGGAGUUUGCACACAAAGACAGCCUAUAUACAUCAUUAUGGAACUGAUUCCAGGAGGUGAUUUCCUCUCCUUCCUGAGAAAGAAGAAGGAUGACAUAAAACUCAAACAAUUAGUGAAAUUUUCAUUAGAUGCUGCUUCUGGUAUGUCAUAUCUCGAGAGUAAAAAUUGUAUACACAGGGAUCUUGCUGCAAGAAACUGCCUGGUAGGUGAAAAUAACAUUCUAAAAAUCAGUGACUUUGGAAUGUCUCGUCAAGAGGAUGGUGGAGUGUAUUCAUCUUCUGGCUUAAAACAGAUUCCCAUUAAAUGGACAGCACCAGAAGCUCUUAAUUAUGGGAGAUACAGUUCUGAGAGUGACGUUUGGAGCUUCGGCAUCCUCCUCUGGGAGACCUUCAGCCUAGGUGUCUGCCCCUACCCCGGCAUGACCAAUCAGCAAGCCCGGGAGCAGGUGGAGAGAGGAUACCGAAUGUCAGCCCCUCAGCACUGCCCAGAGGACAUUUUUAAAAUUAUGAUGAAAUGUUGGGAUUAUAAACCUGAAAACCGCCCCAAGUUCAGUGAACUUCAGAAAGAACUCACUGUCAUCAAGAGGAAAGUCACAUAGCGACUCGACAGCGCAAACUCAGCCUUCAGGAUGCCAUCCUCCGGCAGACUAAUACCAUUCUUCCAAUUAACAAUGAGUUCAUACCACAUUACCUGCAACAGUCUUCUAAGGUUAUUAUUUUUUUAUUAACUGUUUUUUUAAAUAUGUGCCACUUAUAAAAAAAAGUCAAAACCAAGCACAUUCAAGAACCAGUGCUACCAAGGGCUUCAUCAGCUCACCGCAGCAACCCUGCCAUUUCAGGCCAUUGUAAAUAGAAAAGCACAGGCUCCAAAUGUGAGGGAGAGCAGAUCUGUCUUUUUCACGUCGGGACCAUUGAUGUUUCUCAAACGUUUUCUACUUCAGGCACAGUCCAUGGGCUGCUGUUCUCUGCCACAGACCCCACUCGAUCCAUGCUGUGAUGCCCACUGAUAAUGCCAUGUUUGCAGGACACAUUCCAACCAAAGUUGGCUUUCUGCUCUGCUAAGGCAGUAUUAUAUCUAAACAUCAUUUUAUAUUGAGAAUUUUCUGGAUCUCCUAGGGUUUUUCUUUUUUUCCUUGCUGGAAAUACACACAGUGUAAGAAUCAUCAUGCUCCUGUAUCAUUAGUGAGGCUGUGGUUCCCUUUCUUUGGGCAUCAGAAAGCAUGCAUGACACGUCCUCGGGGAGCAAACUUCAGAGUUGAGACAGCAUCUUUUAAAGGAUGUGUUAGAGAUCUGUUAGAGAUCAGCAGUUAGUUUGAACAGGAGGGUGGUCUGAAGAAAGGAGUGGCCAGAUUACUGAUCAAAGAAGAGAAGAAAAGGGAAACAAAAUCUGCCCUCUUGCCAGAGUUACGCCUUUACACACACACACACACUUUUUAUUUUAUGGUCUAAAUUCACAAAAAUGGCUCUGAAGAAUGUUUUCAGGAGUUCACUGCUAUAGCCGUUGUAAUGGCAACAAAAAAACUUUUUAGAGAAACUACAGAGUGCAAGUACACAGAAAUAACACCAUGCCUUUGGUUAACUACCUUCACCUCAGAGGAGGCAUCCCAGAAUUCAAUUCCCUCCAUUUUGUACCAGUUUCUAGAGCUGUCAGAACUUCCUGAUCCUAGUUCACAAACAUGAGCACAUGCGGACAUGCACACAGCCAAGAAGCAAGGUGGUAUGAAUGGAGUGAACGGUUAAGAAAUCAAACAAACAUUAUUGAGGAAAAAGAUAGAGGGACUGCCCUCCUAUUUCCCAUUGGUUUACUUUAUACUGCUACCUGAAAAUUGUUACCAGCUGACAGGUAUAUAUGCACAGUCCGGAGAUGCUUCACAUGAAUAAUAUGAACACAGAGUUAAAACUAGGAUUCUGUUGAGCUGACCCUUAGCUCAGGGGUAAAUGUGGCUUGGGAGUUUUUAAGUGUUCAGGCCUGUGUUCAGAUAAAUAACACCUUUGUGAUUAUUUGGUCUACAUUCAUUGGAAAAGCUUACGGGAUAGAAAAUUCCUCCUCCCCCUUACUGUUUGCUGCCUAGGGAUAUCAUUGCACAGAACUCACAAGCAGUACUUUAAAGCGUGUAAAGGAUGAUACUGAGAAAAAUGUCUAUCAUUUUGAUCUCCCUGCAAGUCUUGCACACAUUUGAUGAUUACUGCAUCCAGACCAAAAUGGAAGCAUAAUAAACUUGCCCUCAAAAAUAUA